AUGGAGAUUCCAUCUUUCCAGCUCAGAACCAUACAGAAAGAUUUUCUACUUUUGUCCAAACUAAUGUUUCAAAAACGAAAAUACAAGUGUGCAUAUAAUUAUGGUAUGAUGAAGCCAGCAGGGCCUUUGGGGGCUCCUGCCCCUGGGGGGAUGUUGCCUCAGGGCCCUUCACCUCCUGGACCCCAUCAAUUUGGCCAGAAUGGAGCUCAUGCCCAAGGGCAUCCUUCCCAAAGAUUUACAGGUCCUCCACCUGUCAAUAGUGCGGCAUCCUCCUACGCACCAUACUCACCAACUACACAAUCAUCUUAUCCAAGUCCUGCGUCCACUUCAUCCGUCACCCAACUGGGCAAUCAGCUCAAUGCUAUGCACAUUAACAGCUAUGGUUCGGGUAUGGCUCCCCCUGGCCAGGGGCCUCCCGGCCCUCCAUCAGCGCCUUCGUUCCAGGGUCUUCCUCGACCUCCGCAGCCAUCCAUUAUGCAGCCUGGAUCUCAGGUUCUCCCACCACCACCCACUGCACUAAACGGCCAUGGUGCCUCGCCCUUGCCUCCAUCAACACAUAGGCAGGAUGGGCUCCCUGGGCCUGCUCCUCUGAAUGCCCAGUACCAGCCCCCGCCUCUUCCAGGACAGACGCUGGGCACUGGAUAUUCGCCACAGCAGGCUGCCGACUAUGGUCCCCAGAUGGCAGGUGGGCAGCUCUCCUACCCAGGAGGCUUCCCUGGAGGUCCUGCACAGAUGGCUGGUCCACCACAACUCCAGAAGAGGCUGGAUCCUGACUCGAUCCCCAGCCCAAUUCAGGUGAUCGAGAAUGACAGAGCCACCAGAGGAGGACAAGUUUAUGCCACCAAUACCAGAGGCCAGGUCCCUCCCCUGGUCACUACAGAUUGUGUGAUACAAGACCAAGGUAUUUCUUGUACUCCCCUUUAUUUGGUAAAUCAUGGAGAGAAUGGACCAGUCAGAUGCAACAGGUGCAAAGCCUACAUGUGCCCAUUUAUGCAGUUCAUUGAAGGAGGAAGGAGGUAUCAGUGUGGAUUUUGCAACUGUGUGAACGAUGUUCCACCAUUCUAUUUCCAACAUCUGGACCACAUCGGGAGAAGGCUGGACCACUAUGAGAGGCCAGAGUUAUCUCUAGGAUCUUAUGAAUAUGUUGCUACUUUGGAUUACUGCAGAAAGAAUAAGCCUCCCAAUCCACCAGCCUUUAUCUUCAUGAUUGAUGUUUCAUAUAGUAAUGUCAAGAACGGACUCGUGAAGCUCAUAUGUGAAGAACUGAAGACUGUGCUGGAAAAACUUCCAAAGGAAGAGCAAGAAGAAACUUCUGCAAUCCGAGUUGGUUUUAUCACAUAUAACAAAGUGCUGCAUUUCUUUAAUGUAAAGAGUAACUUGGCCCAGCCUCAGAUGAUGGUGGUGACCGAUGUGGGAGAAGUCUUUGUUCCUUUAUUGGACGGUUUCCUUGUCAACUAUCAAGAAUCCCAAUCAGUGAUUCAUAAUUUAUUGGACCAGAUUCCAGAGAUGUUUGCAGACUCUAAUGAAAAUGAGACUGUCUUUGCUCCUGUCAUCCAGGCUGGCAUGGAAGCACUAAAGGCAGCAGACUGUCCCGGGAAGCUGUUCAUCUUCCAUUCCUCCUUGCCUACUGCAGAAGCACCAGGGAAGCUCAAAAACAGAGAUGACAAAAAGCUGAUUAAUACAGACAAAGAGAAGGUAUUUGUAAACAAUGGCCCUUUGAAGUGUCCCUGUGUCAGUUUUUAAAGGGCAGUAAAGAAA